CGCUCUCUCUUUCCCUGAGUGAUUCCUCGAGACGUGUUACCGAAUGGACUUGGCAACAAAUAUAACCUCAUCCUGCCGGGUGCGAGUUUUGCUGGUUCCCGUUCCUCCUAUCAAAACGUCUACCUUCUGGAAACAUGUUGAGCUGGUCAAGAAAUUUAGCGUUGUUCGACUCGGCGAUGUUACGCCCGACCUACAAAAGGGUGCAGGCGCCAUGUUCAGCAGUCAGGUCUUCCAGGAAGGCCAAAUGCACUUUCAAUUCACGACAACAUAUACACGCGAUCACGCUCAUUUGGAAGACUUUCAACCUCAUCGUAGGAUUUUUGGCGUUAUUGGUGUUAUGGAUUGUCAGGAGUGGAAAGAUAAGGACCUAAGUGAGGGAUAUAAGCAUUUCGUCGAUACGUUGCAUAAGUAUCCCACGGCAAUCGCGACUCGCUGUUUUGCAUUUGAUCCCACAGAGACGCAGCCAGAUGAUACAAAAGGGUUGAUAAUGAUUCCCAAUGUCGGUAACAUGUCUUUUUACAUGAGUACCAUGAUAUGCGACUUUGCAAGCGAGAUACUCAGCCAGUUUUCGAUCUUGGCGAAUCGAAUCGAGAACCUUCCCUCACUGGAAUCCCCAUUGCCUCGGUCAUAUUAUAUUACACAGCAAUUCGAAGCUACAAACAACAACGGCGUUAUGCCUCAGCCAUCAGUUAGUACACCAGGAACGCCUUACAACAAUCAUCGGCAAUCACAACCUCCAAAACCAACGCAAUCCUCGUCAUCAUCCUUAUUGAAACGUGCAUCAACUCCGGUUGGCAAUAUUAAGCCUCCACCAUUGAAUCAUCAUCCACAAACACCGCCUCUACCACAACAACAAUCAACGUUCUCACCUAAACUACCUCGCACACCCAUGUCUCCACCUCUCCCUUCUCCACAACCAACGAUGACGCGAUCAACGAGUACGCAUGGUCAAGGCGAGAGUGGAAAAACAAAGAGAAGAACACCUGGUCGCGUCAAGAAAUUAUUGGCAGAUUUGUAUUUGCUGGCAGGUCGUCUACCAGAUGCAGUCAAUCACUAUAGCCAAGCAAUCGAAUUGACGAAAACUACAUCGGACUAUCUGUGGCUGGGAAGUGCUUUGGAAGGCUUGACCUGUGCCACAUUGUUACUGGAGUAUCUGCAUGCGGAUGUUGGGCAUAUUGUAUCCAGAACACAAAGCGCACCGGGAGAUAUACCAGGAGAGACGCCGUCGUCUCCGACGAGCGAAGUUCCUCCAUCGUCUUUACUUGGUGGACCACGAUCUACUCUUUCAGAAGUAAUGCAGCGCUAUGCCUCCUUAAUCCAAUAUUAUAGUAAAGUCAGUACCACGUCGACGGUCCCGAUGCCCAGCUUGAUUUAUGCGGAAACGGCGAUCAAAAUGUCUCGCUUUUUGCUGACAGUAUAUGCAAAUGGGGGUUGGAGCGACAAGGUAUUGAAUCUGUUGAUCCAAGGCAGAUUAAAUGGCGAAUCUUCGACAGACACAGUUACCGGACCUCAGCGGUUCAUGUCUGUCGAUGACAUUAUCAAACACAAAGAAAGUGGUAUACCCCGACAUGAUAUCGCAGAAUGGGUGACCAAGGUUUGGACAGCUCGGUUGGAUGACUUGUCAUUAGUGGAUCAGAUCAACAUAAUGACGCAUAUGUCAAGUGUUUUGAACGCUAUUGGUUAUCAUCGAAAGUCGGCGUGGCUGAUGUAUGAAAGUGUUAAUCGUAUGCUGCCUUUGUUGAUUCAAAGUCGAGCGACGUUGGCAAGCUCACGCGAUCAAACCAAAAAGGACCAUAGCAAGAAUGAUGACGGUAUUCUCCAAGUUCUGAAGCGUAUAUGUGAGGUGUAUGGACUAGGAGAACGUAAUGUCCAUGACGGUGGUGCUUUGGGCGCGCUACAAGGCCAGGAUGAUGGUUCUAACAAGCAAAGGGAUGUCGAGGAUGGUGUGCGAGGUGCUGUAGCCAAGGAACAAUUACGGUUCGGCUGGCCGAAACUUCAAAUUGAUAUCUUGCGUCAAUGUAUCGCAAUUGCUGAAGCAUUACCAGAUUACGGUGCCGUCCUUUACUAUACAACAGUGCUUUUGAAGAACCUAUACCAGUAUAUCUCAAAGGAUGAGCAAAUUCGUUUGGCAACUUCAAUUCAGCGAAUUGUGGCAAUGGGGAAACGUGUGGGCCAGGUCGAAAGCAACGUGAACUAUUGGGGCGUCAAUAUCGUCUCUAACAUCGAAGCACUCCUCCCCAUCCCACGCAAGGCCGUAUAUCAGCAUCCCAUCGCGGACAGCGUGGCAGCAGCAGCUACUACUCCAGCAGCGAACGGCGAUCCUUUUAUAUACAAUCCAUUCACUCAAAAGCGUAACGAAAAGCCACAAGUAAUCUUAGUGAAGGAUGAAACUUGUGAAUUCAAAGUGACGUUAUCCAACCCAUUUGGGUUCGACUUAGAGCUCCAGAAUGUAGCAUUAAGCACGACCGAUGUUCCUUUUAAUGCUGUCCCUGCAACUGCUACCAUUCCUGCAAAUGGUACAUUGAACCUUCGAUUGACGGGUACACCAGAAGAAACAGGUACACUCACUGUUCGUGGUUGUAUCAUCAAAAUCGUUGGUUUUGCAGAACAGGAGUUCCUGAUCGACUACAGUCAGAAGAUGAAGGAAGCGACAAAAGAUUCAAGAGGGAGAUAUACUAAAGAGGAGCAACCAAAGAAUGAGCUUAUCAAGCUGAAGCGAAGUGGUUUGAACGCUUUACAGACAAGUCGCAAGCGAGAAACUUCGGAUGAACUCAAACCAAUCCAGUUCUAUGAACUUAACGUGAUUGACGACCAACCGCUUCUCAAGAUCAAAUCUACAUCUCUGCUACAUGAUGCUGUGAUGCUCUACGAAGGGGAAAUGACACAUAUUUCAAUCGAGCUCGAGAACAUUGGUAAUAUCCCAGUCGACUUUACGAGCUUAUCAUUUGUGGACUCAACCACCGCCAACCCGUUGCCAGUGAACCCUGAGCUACCGAUGGAAGAACAGUACGAAAUAGAACUGUAUACAAAGGGGAUGCACGUAUUUUCGUGGGAAGGAUCUAAAGACCAAAUGGCACAAUUUGUGGGCAAAAACAUACAAUUACCACCUGGUGGACAAUGGAAGAUCAUUGUGAAUGUGUAUGGCAAGCGAGGCUGUACCGGUGGUACGAUCCAGAUUGAUUACGGUUAUCUAAACCGCAAGGAGCAGUCUUCUUCAACAUCCUUUUACACCCGCCAGCUUUAUCUGCCAGUCCUUGUUACAGUUUAUCAGAAUCUGGAACCUCUCAACUGGGAUAUUCUGUACCUACGACACAGCGCACCAGUGCCCAAAAACGAAAUUGACAGUGCACUGCAGCGCAUAUCAGCCAUUGAUCUAAACAAAGGCAACGCAUUUGAUCAACCAAUCGAGGAUCUACUGCUUAUAACGCGCCACUUUGACGACGAGAACAACCGAAACGAUUAUUGCUUGGUGACGCUGGACGUCCGCAAUACUUGGACUGUGCCUUUUGAUGUAGAGUUUGUUAUUGACAACAGCGAUCUCGAGAAUACAGAUAAGAAGUUGACAUCCGUUGUGACUAUUCAGCCUGGAUCCACUAAGCGAGUCACUGUCCCUGUCAAGCGACUGUUUUUGGAUGUUGAAGAAUGCCUGAAGCCUGUGCCAUCACUGGAACCGAACAAACAAUUUGUUGUUUCACAAGGGCCAAAAAUACCUCCGGAGCAAGAACGAGCACGUCUUCAAAUGUUUUGGUACCGUGAAAGCCUGCUCAAAAGGAUCCAGGCGACAUGGCGUUGCUGCUCGACAGGUCGUCACGGUAUCCUAAAUCUGAGACCCUCGCUGCGACUGACUCCCAUGCAAUUGAGCAUUCUGAAAAAAGAAGAUAUCGAAUUCAUUGUCGAGAUGAAGGGCAACGUGAAAAAGGCUACACAUCGACGUUUUGAAUGCAAAUGCAAUGACUUUGUUACCAUGGAAGUCUCCAUACACAAUCGUCAUGGUAGCUAUUAUUACGCAAAGAGAAAAUAUUCAUUGCAUCAUUUUAAGCAUUGCAACUCACGCAUCUCGAUCCUCACAUAGUGCACCCUGUUAAAUUAAUCCUUCGUGUACAGCCUGUACAAAGCUAUGAUGAUGGCGCAAAAGAGUACGACUUAUCGGGAAAGCUGCUAAUGCAAGGGCUACAGCAGGUUGUCCUUCCAGAGGUAAAACGAAUUUUUUGAAUGGAAAGGCGGUAUGUGAACAAAUGGACUCGGAUAAACUAAAAACUUUUGGAUUGUUUGACAGGUGCCACCAAACAACGGCAUAGUGACACAUCAGCUCCCGUUGUGUUUCCUGUCACGAGGGCAAUUUGAAUUUCUUUACCAUGCAGAAGAUGUGCACACUCGAGAAACAUACUACGACCAUGAGUGGGCUAUUAUAGAUGUUAACGAGCCAACGGCUUGAGAGCGCACGUCGCCAAACUUUGUAUAUUUAAUUUAAUACAGUAUAUCCCC